AUGGAGUCUGAGGACUACGCUGCGGCACAAGUUUUCGUGUGCGCUAGCUGCGGCCGCCCUCAGUUCCCCGAGCAAUGGGGACCGUCCGAAGAAGACCUGGUGGACAUUGAAGCCCAACGCAAGCGUAACCAUCUUAGAAAGUGUGCGGACGAUCAUCAAAAACAACUCCAGCGCGCACACGGCUCCCUCAAGAUCAAAUGCAAACUGGAGACCCUCCCAAAGUCGCAGAAGAAGGCAAAGGCAAAGGGACGUGCCAAACCUUUCGGAAUUGUUGGGAACAUGAUGGGAACCUUGGAUGCGACGGCCGGACCGUCUCGGCGAGACCUAUAUUGCGGGCGCACAAUUACGGUCUUGCUGUGGUACCAGAUGAACCAGCUUCCGCUGGAAAAGAAGGUUGACAUCGAAGACGCUCAACUGCUCCAUUUCGCAGAGGCCCCGUGGGUGCAAGCGGCAUGCGCCCCAGGGUCACUGCUCGUCUUUGACGCAUGGCUGCUUGACGUAGCGCAAUGGUCCACUGUCACUUGGUCGACGGCUCCCAUUGAUGUGUCGCUGGACAAGGACACGGUGUUUGUCCGCGUCACCGGCCUGCCUUGCACGGGGUUCGGUCAUUACAUCAAGAAGUACGAGGAGAGCCAUGCCAUGGCAUACCAGCUUCACGGAGGGCAGACACCCAGCGACAUAUUCAUCACGUCCUCGGUCCCCAACAAGGACAGCCAGGGUCCGACGCUGUACCAGUUCGCUAUCGUCAAAGAGCUCGGAUGCGACAUAGCGCGAUGGGUAGAUCCUCCAGAGCUCAAGAGCGCGCACCAUGUGUGCUACUGGAUCGAGGGUGAAACCCAGUGGCAGGGAUACGCAGGUGUGAGUGGGGUGCAGGUAGCCUGCUUGCCCGGUGUCCUGUUCAUUCUUCUCCAACACCCAAACAUUCAGCAGCUGUUCGGGUUUGAGGACAUGCUCAAAUGCCUGGAGAACACGCGCGCAAUUCAACGCGCUUCUGGUCAGGACCACGUUGCUCCUCCAGUUAUGCACACCACACGUACGCCGGGCACAGAGGCGCCACAAGCCCGUCCCUCGAACGUGAAGGUUGAGCCCACCACAUGCGCUCAGGUAUUCACGACUAGUGCCGCUGGUCCGUCAAACGUCAAGACAGAGCCCGGCACGACUAGUGCCGUGACACGUGGGUACAACGUGCACGCAGGUCAAGCAGGCCCGUCGACCACGGCUGAACACUCCGUGCGCAGCGUGCAAGUCAAGGGGAAGGUAGUGAAGGGGAAAGGGAGCAAUAUGGGGAUAGACUGGCGCCAGGAUGUGCAGCGUGCAGGGUUCCGCGUCGUUGUCGAAAACAGUGAGGAGGAGCAGGCAACUGUCGAAAGCGAGUAA